GCGCGCAGUCCCAGCCCAGAGCUUCAAAACAGCCCGGCGGCCUCGCCUCGCGCCCAGCCCGUCGGUCGGUCGAGCCGCGCCAGCGCCGGCGUCUCUCUCUCCAGGCUUUAAAGCGCGACCCCCGCCCCACCGUGCCCCGUGAAAAUGUUGGUGCUCCUGGCUUUCAUCAUCCUCUUCCACAUCACCUCCGCCGCAUUGCUGUUCAUCGCCACCAUCGACAAUGCCUGGUGGGUAGGAGAAGAGUUUUUUGCAGAUGUCUGGAGAGUGUGCGUCAACAAUACGAAUUGUACAGAAAUCGGUGCCAACUUUCAGGAUUACUCCACGAUGCAGGCGGUCCAGGCCACCAUGAUCCUGUCCACCAUCCUCUGCUGCAUUGCCUUCCUGAUCUUUUUGCUCCAGCUCUUCCGCCUCAAGCAGGGAGAGAGGUUCGUGUUAACCUCCAUCAUCCAGCUCAUGUCGUGCCUGUGUGUCAUGAUUGCAGCCUCCAUAUACACAGACCGGCGUGAAGACCUUCACAAGAACAACCCGGGAUGGUACUCCCUGACCCUGGACGGCAGCUACGGCUACUCCUUCAUCCUGGCGUGGGUGGCCUUCGCCUUCACCUUCAUCAGCGGCCUCAUGUACCUGAUCUUGAGGAAGCGCAAAUAGAACCCGGGGAGCUAGGUCGCUUUUGCUGCAGUACAGAAUCCACAUUCAGAUAACCGUUUUGUAUAUAAUCCAUUUUUUUUUGUGUGUGGUUUUUCUAGCAAACAUAUUGUUUCCUUUAAAAGCCAAAAGAGAGAGAGAGAGAGAGAGAGAGAGAGAGAGAGAGAGAGAGAAGAGUGUUUUUGCAUUCUUGAGAUCAGAGAAUUAGACUAUGAAGGCUGGGAUUCGGGACUCCUGUCCAUCUGAAAGUCUCAACGGCGGCGGCACAAAGCCCAAAAUUCAGCAAUACUCAAAUCCAUAAAGGUUCAGCAGGAUGUUUCUUAACCGUGGGGGUGUGAUGUGAUGGGACAGGAGACCAAGAACACCAGGUCUCGGGGGACAUCGUUCCAUAGGUUUUGAGCCAUGCCGAGCCCCCCCGCCCUGUCUCAGCUCAGCCCUCCCUCCCCAUUCUGUCUGUGUGAGUGUUGGAGGUAGGGUGAGGGAGUCCAGGGGAGGGGUGAAGCCUCCUCAGAUGUUUAGCUAAGUUCCAUGUGAGAAACAGGUGUAGUAGGCCCUGCUUUACUGUCUAUCCAGACCAGAGCCUCAACCCUCCUGUAAUGGGCUGGUGGCCAGAGGGUGCCACCCACCUUUGCUGACAGUGUCACUUGCUUCCUAUUUGCCUUGGGGAAGGCGAUCUUCAGCCUGGGGUCAGAUUUGGGCUCACCCUGAGGCCAAGAACCUCAGCAUGUGAUCCCCAGCAGAUGCAGUAGGAUGCGGACUGGCAGGGGGCCCCUCCCUAGACCUAUGGAAUCAGAGCCUUAAGGAUGGGGCCUGGGCACCUGCAUUUCUGACAAGCUCCUUUGGGAUGUGCAGGUGCAGUGAAGCCGAGGACCUCGGCCCCAGGGCCAGGCGAGUGGAGCUGUCUCCUAAAUGUUAAAGGUCUUGUCGUGGGGAGAUGACGAGGUGCCGGCCGCCCCUGGCCUCCAUCAGCUCUCGGCCUUCAUGGCUGCUCACAGGUGGGCCAUUCCAAUGGCAGGCGGGCCCUGUGUCCAGACAGCCCAGGGGUGCUGAAGGCCCAUCUUCUCCUGCCCUGCCUUCUAAGGCUGGCCGGCCUCUGCAAUCCCCCAUUCCUAGAGCCUCCAUGGACCCACCUGCCAUUCAUUCGCCAGCAUACAUCACGGAGGGCUUGGUGCCUGCUGGGCACAGGGGCUGCCGCGUGGGGACAGUCUCUGUCCUCGGGGCCUCACCAUCCUGCGGCGGAGGUAGAUUGAAAAUGUAGGGAAGGUAAUCACACGCUGCAAGGAAAGCUGCAGAGGACACACCGCAGGUUCAAACGAGAGCAUUUCUAAGUGAAACGCUCACUUAGAUGGGCUAAAAUACCGCUGCCACCAGCCCCUCAGAGUGCCUUCGCUGGGCCAUGGUGUCUGGGUCACACCCAGAGAACACUUCCCUGGAGGGUCUGGGGGUCCUGAUGGCAAACGAAGCCGUGAGAAGCUUCCAGAUUGCCGUGACUCUCAAGCUGCAGCGUGGACCGUGCCACUUGGGGACGUGCUUUGGCAGGGUCUGGGUGAAGAGCGCUCCAGGCGAUUCUGAGACUGUCCUGUGGAACGUGGCCAUGGGGAGUUUGUCCUUAGGCGUGAAAGCACCUGUGAGUGUGUGGCAAGGCAGGUGGCCCCGGAGUACCUGUGGAAGAAGCUCUUUGCCCCUCACUGCCUAUUAGCCUCUUAAGUUUUGAGCGCGCUGCUGGGGACAUGUGGCUGGGGCCGCGGGUGGACCUGAUGGCCACGCCUCUGCGCUGACGCUACGUGAGUGCUUCUGCUGAGUGCACCUGACCUUCUGCUAAGUGUAGUGAUGCUCUGUCAUCAGCCUGGUUCCCGUGGAGCUGGGAGGAUGUCUGGUUUGAAUGGUUUCAGGGCCGCCGUGGACACCAGGGCAAGAUCAGGUUUUCUCUCCAUCCACCCAUCCAUUCACUCAUUCGUGCAUGCAUUUUCAACAGAGUAUUAAAUGCUUGUUAUGUGCCAGGCACUGUGUGAGGCUCUCAACACACGGGGCAGGCAAAUUCAGAUAUGCUCUCUGAGACAGGGCCCCCUCCUCAUGGAGAGGUCACCAGCACGGUGGAAGGUGACACAGGGACAGGGACGGGACACAUUGCCACCUCCUGUCUCCAUGGAAAACUCUUUUAAGUCCUGUUGUGGGUAGGAGUGUGGGUCACACCCCUGGGGUUUGCAAGAUGCUAUCUGAGCCUCAAGGAGGAAGGUGGGCCUGAGUGCCCCAGGGCUUUCCACCCAGGUGGCUCUUCCAGAUUUCUCUUGUAGCCACACUGGAAACAAAAAUGCUCAGAGCCAGAAAUCUGGAAAGCCUACUCUCUAGGUAGUGUGUGAACAUCCUUCCCCAAAAUUUGAGGGGUCCGUGAGCAUCCAAAACGACCCCAGGGGUUUUCCUGGCUGGUCACCACUACCAUGUAGCAUUCAGUGUCCACACCCAUCUGUGACACCAAGGUUUUGUGAAACGUGAGAGCAACUUUCCAUCCCCCACGGGUGUGACAUGCCUUCGGGGAAGCAAGGAAGAGGUGAUGGUGGGAGGAGGAAACUGUCCAAACUUCUUAUCUGUAGGCAGAACCAGCCCUCACUCAGUGCUUAUUAUCAGUGACUCAAGAACAACCCCAAUGAAGAAAAUUAGCUGAGACAUCCAGGAAGCAAAUAUUAGGACCAAAUGUGUUACCCGUAACAAUUGUAUUUGAAGGAACUGUAGUUUGCGCAUUUUAGAACAUUUUUAUAAAGUACUGUACUUCUUUCGUGGAGGGGCUAUGGAUGGAGACAGACUAACUUGUUUUGUUAUUUGCAUUAAAAUGACUUUGGGUCUCUGUUGA